AUGGGUCGUCGUACUUGCUUCAAUUCCCUAAACUCUUCAUUUUCAUUAGUUGUUUUACUGAUUGCAUUAUCCUUAAUGAGUAACCAUCGUACCCUCGUGGUGGCUCGCAAUCUCAUCGAAAUGAAUUUACCUGAUGAUUUCCCUGAAAUUCCUGAUCCAUUUGUACCUGAUGAUGAUCCUGAUGAUCCUGUAGAUGAAAACCCUGUUCCAGCUACACCAGACAUUCCUAUGUUGCCACAGCCUGACUUGCCUGAACUUCCUGAUCUGCCUGAACUUCUACCGUCUCCUGCGUUGCCACUGCCUACAUUUCCUACUGUUUCAGCUCAGGAAGUCUCCACUAGGCCGUAUUCUCAAGCCGAGGAUAUAUCUUCUCUGUUUUCUCAAGUAUUAAAUAGUGUGUUUGGUGUGAUGUAUCGUCAGGGGUGGAUCUAA